AUGCCGGCCUUCUACACCCCCACAGGCUUGGGCCUCAAGGCAGCGUGGAAGGGUGCGGAGCUGUUUGGCGACGCCGCGGCCGCCCUCAGCGGCAAGGGCGCCGCCAAGGCCGCAGCGGCCUCCCCGGCCCGCGCGCGCAGCGUCGAGGAGACCGUCGCGUCGAUCAGGGCUGACUAUGACCGCGACUACUUCAUCAGCGGCGACGCGGAGAUGGCCGCGUACGCGGACAACUGCGAAUUCAGCGACGACUUUGCCGCUUUCGGGGGGGCGGGCGCGACGCAGCGGUUCAAGAAGAACGUGGCCAACCUUGGCGGCCUCCUCUCUGACGUGAAGAUCGACGUCGACUCUGACUGGGCGGUAGUGGACAACAGGCUCACCACCAACUGGCGGUUUCAGGGCGUGGUCAAGGGCCUGCCCUGGCGCCCGCUGCUGGCGGCCGCGGGCAGCACGACGCACGUGAUUGACCCGGCCAGCGGCCUGGUGGUGGAGCACCAGGAGAGGUGGAAGGCGGACCCUGCGCAGGUGGUGGCGCGCCUGCUGCGGCCGGCGCGCACGCCCCCCGGGACCGCGUGGGAGACCUUCAUGCUCUCCCUUUCGGCAGGGGACGUGUCGGGCAUGUGA